AUGGAGGAGGAGCUGGCGUGGGAGACCCACGGCCUGCUCCCUCUGGAGCGGCAGCUGCACGAGGCCGCCCGCCGGAACCACGUCGGGAGGAUAAAGGAGCUGAUGAGGAGGAGAGUGAACGUCAGGGCCAGAAACCACGCGGGCAGAGUGGCCCUGCACUGGGCCGCAGGCGCGGGGCACGAGCAGGCGGUGCGGCUGCUCCUGGAACACGAGGCGGCUGUGGACGACGAAGAUGCGGUAGGGGGCCCCUCCCAGGGGCACGUCUGCUUCGGGAUGAAUGCGCUCCUCCUGUCUGCCUGGUUCGGUCACCUGCAGAUCCUGCAGAUCCUGGUCCACUCCGGGGCCAAGGUCCACUGUGAGAACAAGGACGGCCUGACCUUGCUGCACUGCGCGGCCCAGAAAGGCCACGUGCCUGUACUGGCAUUCAUGAUGGAGGACCUGGAGGACGUGGCCCUGGACCAGGCGGACAAGCUGGGCAGGACAGCGUUCCACAGGGCUGCUGAACACGGGCAGCUGGAGGCUCUGGACUUCCUCGUGGGCUCUGGCUGUGACCACAGUGUCAAAGACAAGGAGGGGAACACGGCGCUUCACCUGGCUGCCGGCCGAGGCCACGUGGCGGUGUUGCGGCGGUUGGUGGAACUGGGGCUGCACCUCGAGGCCAGGACCGCGGAAGGGCUGACCGCGCUGCACGCGGCUGCGGAAGGCGCCCACCCCGACUGCGUGCAGCUCCUCCUCCGCGCCGGCAGCGACCCAAACGCCCUCACCCAGAAGAAGUGGAGCUGCCUGCACUAUGCAGCCCUCACGGGCUCCGAGGACGUGUCCAGGGCUCUGAUCCACGCGGGAGGCUGCACCAACGUGGCAGAUCACCAGGGUGCCUCGCCCAUGCACCUCGCCGUGCGGCACAACUUCCCCACCCUGGUCCAGCUCCUCAUCGACGCCAACGCCGACCUGGACGCCACCGACAACAGGCAGCAGACGCCCCUGCACCUGGCCGCCGAGCUCGCCUGCCAGGAGGUCGCCGAGCUGCUCCUGGUCGCGGGGGUUGACCUGAGCCCGAGAGAUAAGCAAGGAAAAACCGCCCUGGCCGUGGCCGCCCGCGGCAACCACGUCAGCCUGGUGGACAUGAUCAUAAAGGCUGAUCGCUUCUACAAAUGGGAGAAGGAGCGCCUGUCGUGCAGGGACCCCCGGGAGCCACCAAGGAAGAGCCUGACGUUCAGGCAGGACCAUCGGCAGGAGACACAGCAGCUGCGCUCUGAGCUGUGGUGCCUGGCAUCCAGGCGUCUGCGGCCCCACGAGUGGAAGAGGCUGGCGCGUGCCUGGGAGUUCACCGAGGCCCAGCUGGACGCCAUCGAGCAGCAGUGGACAGGCACCAAGAGCUACCAGGAGCACGGCCACCGGAUGCUGCUCAUCUGGCUGCACGGCGUGGCCAUCGCCGGCGAGAACCCGGGCAGAGAGCUGUUCGAGGGCCUCGUGGCCAUUGGCAGGCGGGACCUGGCGGAAAGCACGAGGAAGAAGGCAAACGCAGAGCCACGUGGCCCCAGGACGUGCGCAGCCAUGUGACUGGAGG